AUGUCUAUUAAAAUUAAAAAUAAGAAUGAUUACCUUGCAACAUUUAAAAUCCUUCUUAUUGGUAACUCAAACGUAGGAAAAUCAUCUCUUCUAUUAAGGUUUACUGAUGACACAUUUUUACCACAUGAUGAGGUAUCAGCAACAAUAGGGGUGGAUUUUAAAGUGCAUGAAAUAGUUGUAGACGAAAAGAAAUAUAAAUUAACAAUUUGGGAUACUGCAGGUCAAGAACGUUUUAGAACACUAACAUCUUCAUAUUAUCGUGGUGCUCAAGGUGUUAUAUUGGUUUAUGAUGUAUCAAUUCGUGAGACAUUUGAUCAAUUGGAUAAUUGGCUUAAUGAAUUAAAUACCUAUUGCUCAAAUAAAAAUAUAGCAAAAAUGAUAAUUGAAGGUGAAGAAUAUGCAAAAAAAUUACAAACAUCAUAUAUAGAAUGUAGUGCUAAAACAAAAUAUGGCGUGAAAGAAGCAUUUGCUGAACUUGUUAAGGAGGUAAUUAUAAUUAUUAUAGAUUAUAUUGAAUAUUUAGAUUUUUUUAAUAAUUAA